AUGUCCAUUUCAGUAAAGACUUAUUCCAGCUCGAGCUCGCAAGAUGUGGAGUCAACAUGCAGGACAUACGGGUUGACUACACAAGAGUUCUCGGAACUGCAUAAGGGUAGUGUCGCAGCCAAGUCUACUGCGUAUUGCCCCUACAGUCAGUUCCGUGUUGGCGCCACCGUGCUCUCAGGCGAUGGAGCCUUUAUCAGUGGUGCAAACGUUGAGAAUGCAGCAUAUCCUGUAGGAACAUGUGCUGAGCGUGUGGCGUUUGGCAAGGCUGUCACGGAGGGGUAUAAAGGGUUUAGAGCUGUGGCCGUUGCUACAGAUAUAUCUCCCCCAGCUAGUCCAUGUGGCAUGUGCCGGCAAUUCAUUCGCGAGUUUUGCGACCUCAAGACCCCGAUUCUGAUGUUUGACAAGAACGACGAUUAUAUCGUGCUCCGGUUGGAGGAGUUGCUGCCGCUUUCGUUCGGGCCAGAGGCACUACCCCCGCCUAAGCAUAUCAUGUAA